AUGGCUGUUGCCAAAGAGAGCGACGAGAUUGCUCAGCAUAAAUAUACAGAGGACGACGUCCGGAACUUGCAAGAAAAGCUAAACUGCAUUGAUCAAGAAUACAAUGAAGGCAUCGUUGAUGAUCGGUCACCGCAGUGCUCUAACUGGCAAGAUGAUCCUUAUGAGCAUCCUGGUCAAGGUGUCGUUGCCGAUGAACUUUCCAAAAUCCACAACCAGUUGUACAUGAUGUUGACCCGCAUUGAAAAGUAG